CCCUGGAGCCGACGGAGAGCGACGGGGCGCUCCGGGCGCUGGGGGACAGCUCGCGACCUUCUCGCCCCUUUCGCACGCGCAACGACCAGGAUUGUAGUACAGAUGACGUUGGGCUCCGGCUUCGCCUCCUACAUCGCGCUCAGCAGCGCCAGAAGAGCUCACCGCCACUGCUCGCACCUCUUGCACGCGCUGAUCCCAGCGCUGUCGCUAGAUGACGGUGGGCUCCAGCUUCGAAUCCUACCUCUCGCUCAGCAGCAUGACGCUGGGCUCCAGCUUCGCCUCCCAGAUCUCGCUCAGCAGCGCCAGAGCCCACUGCCACUGCUUGCCCUUCCCACAGGCGCUGAUCCCAGCACUGUAGCUGAUGACGUCAGGCUCCAGCUUCGCCUCCCACAUCUCGCGCAGCAGCGCCAGAGCCCGCUGCCACUGCUCGCCUUUCUCGCACGCGCUGAUCCCAACGCUGCAGCUAUGACGUCGGGUUCCAGCUUCAUCUCCCGCAUCUCGCCCAGCAGCGCCAGAGCACGCUGCCACUGCUCGCCUUUCUCACACGCGCUGAUCCCAGCGUUGUAGCUAGAUGACGUCGGGCUCCAGCUUCGCCUCCCGCAUCUCGAUCAGCAGCGCCAGAACCCGCUGCCAACGCCAGCUCUUCUCGCACGCGCUGAUCACAGCGUUGUAGCUGACGACGUUGGGUUCCACCUCGCCUCCCACAUCUCGCUGAGCAGCGCCGCAGAUCGCUGCCACUGCCCGCCCUUCUCGCACGCGCUGAUCC